AUUUAGAAAUAAUAUUUUAAGGACACGGAUUUAAGGUGAUGAUCAUCGGUAAAAGUAAGAGUGGUAAAAGCAGCCUGGGCAACUACCUUCUCAACACCUCCGCCUUCAGUGUCUCCCCUGGACCGACAUCAGCCACCACUUACACCGUGACGCGGUCAGCUGAGAUAGAUGGCGUGGCCAUCACAGUGACUGACACACCUGACGUGAGAAAUCUUGGUAUCGUCAAGACGUCUGCCGAGGAAGAAAUAAAACAAUGGUAUGCUUUUCAUCCUGACAUCAUUUUGAUGGCCAUUCGGUGGGAUGUGUGCUAUUCAUCCGAGGAACACCAGAUGUACCAGCAAAUUAAGAAAGCCUUGGGAGAGAAAUAUUUCACUUCAAUACUAAUAGUGGCCUUUACCUUUGGAGAUCGCCUGGGCAAAAACAUUGACGAAGAACUAAAAACAGUUUGCUCAGAGGUGAAAGAUGUGCUUAAAGAGGCAGGACAUCGCUACAUUGUGUUCAGCAACGAGGAUCCAGUACAGGACAGGAAGACACAGUUCAUGCGUCUUAGAGCGUUUGCCUUUAAUGAAGGUGCUCCAUUUGAAUGCAAUGAAAGGCACUCUGAGAGUAGAACUGCGAUCAAACCAACAGUUCAAGGAGCAUCAGAGAAGCACCAUGGUGAUAAGUUUCAGCCCUUGAAAACAGUAAAAGUUUUCACAUGCGAAACAGAUUUUCAAAGUAGAGUCAGCGCCCAGUCCUAUGUCGAAACGUCUUAUUACCAGGGAUAUGAAAAGGAAAUGAAAGAAAGGUCAACAUUCUGUGACGCUCUAGACGAUGAACGCUACAACUUGGUUCUCUUUGGAAAGACGGGCAGCGGGAAAAGUUCUUUGGGUAACAUGCUGCUGGGUAAGGAUGAGUUUAAAGUACAACAAGGAAUGAAGUCUGGAACUCAAUCAUCCGAUUGGGGUCAAGCUACAAUUAACGGAGUUAAACUCGAGAUUACGGAUUUACCAGGACUGAGUGACACACAUCGCCAAGAGGAAGAAAUCAUACGGGAAAUUGCAAAGGGCACGGCGCUGGUUUCUCCUGGACCCCAUGUGGCUAUUUUUGUCAUUGCGGGUAGUCGUCGUUUCUUAAAGAGUUUAAUUAAAUUUACUUCUUCUUAUCCAGGAGGUAGAAAAGAAGCACUAUCCCAUGCAAUCAUAAAUGCUCCUGAUAGUAUCCAACUAAUUCUUAAAGAAGUGGGCUAUCGGUACAUUGCAAUCGAAAAUUCUGCAUCCGAGAAGGAUAAGAAACAACAAAGAGACGAGGCCCUGCAAGCUAUUAGGAGCCUGUGCGAAAAGAACCAAGGGAGGUACUAUGCUGUUCCAAAGGAGAUACACAGGCUCAUUGAGAAAGCAGAAGAAGAUAAGGUGAAGGCACAGAGAUGCACCAUGAACGAAGCAGCACAAAAUCUGAGGAAGGAAAUAGCAGCCGAUAAGCAACCAGAGCUUGUAACAGAAGUUGAGAAGGAAGCAAAGAGACGAAGAUGGAAGUGCUUACGUUUGUUUACUUCUACAUGUAUUACGUCUUCUCCGUUUUCCACGUAUGCUACAUGUUCAACAUAAUUGUGAUCUCGCUGGACGUUUUGUGAUCAUCAUCUGUGUCAUCGUCCGCUUUGGUGGGACUAUCCGUGAUUGUGUCGACCCUGCGCCUUCAUCGCCUCGUCGGCGCGUGAGCGCGACCCUGCUGUGCCUGUGUGCGGCCCAGCCAUCGGGAGGGAGCGCCUAGGGUGGAGGUCGACAAGCGGAGUCUCCGUGACCAAGGUCUACCGGGACGAGAGCCGUGGGGUCAGCCGGACAGCUGGUCCAGAGGAAGAGGGGGGUGGUUUCCGCUGGUUCUACGAACACUGAGCGGACACUUGCCUGCGCUGUGUCGCAGUGCUCUUUGUUUUUCUUUGCUGUGUGUGUGCUUAUUUUAAUUGUAACCUCUUUGCGGGGAGGCAGUCCCCUGUUGUUUUUAUAUUUAUUUUACGAGUACUCGUGGGGGUUUGUUUGUUUUUGU